UAACCAGCAACUUCUUGCACCACUCUGAUGGGAAAGGUUUCGUUGGACGGUUGGAAUUGCUGACUUUACAGCCAGCGCUUAUCUUCCUCCUCUUCAUCAGCAAAUCCUCCUCCUCUCCUCAUCGUCAACACGAAAGAUAAGCGCACCCCUUCACCCUCCUGCUGCAAAGAUAAGCCAUCUUCUUCAAAUAUUUUAAAUAUCUAGAUAAAUGUAUUGAUACAAACACAAAAGUCGAGACGAACAAGGGUAUCUUUUUUUGGUGUGUUUAGUUAUGUAGGGAGAGAGAGAGAGAGGGGCAGGAAUAAAGUGACUUUCUUUAAUUAUCAUUAAUUUUGGUGUAACUACGGGAUAAAGUUAGUGGGCAAAAAGUUGACGUAAAAAGGAUUUCAUUCAAAAUCUGAAGGAAAGGAAAGCAAGGAAGGAGAGUCAGUACUCAACUACGCAAUAAUAAAUUCGGGUCUCUCUGACAUUUCUUAUUCUGUUAGAAUUUUUCACAUACCAAUUAAUUAUCGGAUAUUAAUUAGUAUAGUUUAUGUUACAAUUUAUUUCAUGUUACAUUAAAUUUAAGUAAUGUUAAGAAUUUAAAAUUCUCUGAGAGCAUUUUUAAAUUCAACCAAUCAUUGUCGCCAUUUAGUUACUGCCCAUAAAAACUCGCAUUUGUCUUUCAUUUAAAACUAAUUAAUUGAUUACAAAUCUCAAUUCCUUUGGCGUAAAUUUGUUUAAGUAGGAACUAUUGUGAACUAUCUAUUUGGACAAUUAUCUUGUCUUUCGUUAAUUAGAACCUUAUUAAUAAUUUCUCGAAAAACUAGAAACAACCAACCAUAUACCAAAGCCAAAAAUAGGUCAAAAAAGUCAAAAUUAAAAGUAUUGUACAAGUUAUUAGAAUAAUUGUAGAAGUAACAUAUAAAAUUACAUUAUUAUCGAAAUUUGUAAAACUAGCUAAAAUUUAUGUUAAUUAAUUAAUUAAUUAGUCGCAACUCGUAUGUCGCAUCGCAACGCAAAGUAACUCUAAUUCUACUGCUGCUGCUGCUAGCUCAGCCAAUCUCAUUCAACUCCAAAUCCGAAAACCCAGAUUUUCACUCCCGCUCGCUAUUAAAAUUAGACAAUCGCUAAAAUUAUAAAUCACAGUUAGAUAUUUUGACGGCUUUUUUCAUUAUCCUUAAUUCAAAUCCAAGACUGAUCAUUCCCUUAUUACAUUAAAUUCAUCGUGAAAGUAUUUCUAGCAAUUAAGCAACCCACUUUAUGUAACAACUUGGUAAUUUCGUGCUACAAGGUCCAAGUCGGGCAAGUCACAAGUAACUUUUUUUUGUAUAGUCAGGUCAAAAAAACUAAUACAAAUUAGUAACUAAACUAGUAAAAGAGUCAGAUACGAGGUUUGCCAUCAUUCAUGUGAGUGAGUUUCAAGCUUCUAGUGGUUGUUUGCCUUUAUAUUGAGACAAAUUGUAUUUCGUGCGAGUCUUUGCCUUAAAAAGUCAGUCGAGUCGUUUAUCGUGUAGUACAUUCACAUUGUAUAGUAAUUAUACUGCGGGUUCAGUUCUCCAGCGUUGUGAAUCGUCGUCAAUCAAUUUCUCAAUCAGUGCUGUGUUUUCAUAUACUACUAGUGCACUUAUCUAAUCAAUACUUACACAUCAAUAUUUAUUUUGCGUACGUCUCCAUCAUUCUCCCGGUUACAUCGAGUUACUCCAGGCAGCGAGCAAGAAAACGGGAUGUCUGCAGAUGAGGAAAAGGUCGCACCAAAGGUGGAGGUACCGAAAGAAGGCGAUGGAUUGUCCGAAAUGAUUGAAUCUGCAAGAAAGUCUAUCGAAUUUGAUCUUCAACUUACAAAGAGUCCUAACUCUGAAAAUGAAUUAUCAGAACAAGAUAGAGCGUAUGAAAACUGGUUAUCUGAUGUCAUUGACAACCCAGCCGGUUCAUCAAAUGAGGUAGCAGCCGCCGCCACCACAACAGCAACAAAACCCAAGAGCUUUGUUCCACCUGCUAACUGGGCAAAUGCCCCAGAAUUUGUUCCUAGGUCAUUUGCAAACCUGGACUCUCAAGGGUCAAAUGAACGAAGCUAUGCUGAAGUCGCUGGAGCAUGUGCACUGCCAGAGUUGCCGUCCCAAGCUGAAGACAUGACUGCUGAAUUGUGCCCCUAUGCAAUGGUUGGGGAGUGUCGAUUCGGUAGGCAAUGUGUUUAUGUGCACGGAAUGAAAUGUGAUUUUUGCGGGAUGUUAUGCCUGCAUCCAUCUUAUCCGGAUCAACGGAAGCAACACUUCAGCGAGUGUGUCAGUAAGCACGAACACGACAUGGAAUUGGCCUUUGCGGUUGCGCGGUCAAAUGGCAAAACUUGUGGGAUAUGUAUGGAGGUGAUCAUGGAGAAAACUCCGCCUGGAGAACAACGUUUUGGAAUACUUCCUUCCUGUAUCCAUUGCUACUGCUUAUCCUGCAUUCGGACAUGGCGCCAAGCAAGGCAGUUCGAGAACAAGAUAAUACGGGCUUGUCCAGAGUGCCGAGUAACAUCUGACUACGUUUGCCCGAGCCGAUACUGGGUGGAGAAGAAAGAAGACAAAGAAAAGUUGAUUCAAAGCUAUCUGGAAUCCUUGAGUAAGAAGGACUGUCGGUACUAUCAAAAUGGCUCAGGAGAGUGCCCAUUCGGCAACAAGUGUUUCUACCUCCAUGCUGGUCCCGAUGGACGAAAUGUGGAUGUUGGACCACCACGCCGGCGUAUUCGACGACAAGAUGCAAACGGAGUUGCUUCCGACUCAAAUGCUGUCUCGAUCUGGGAGUUCUUGGAACAGUGGGAGCUACAAUGGUUCGAAAUUGAAGACUUUAUGGACAUGAUGGACUCAGAUGAUCAGUCCAUUUGGUCAGACGAUGACGACGACUUCGAAACCUUAGGCUAUUCUGUAUUAGGUAGCCUUUGAUGUGGCGUUUCAGGCCUCGAUCUCAGUUGUUCAAUACAUAGGUAAACCAUCAAGAACUCUAUGUAACAUUUAAUAAAAAAACAUUAAUGUUUCCUAAAUCGACUCUGGUAUGAUGUAAUGUGGGUAUUGCAAAAGUAACAACUUAAAAAUAUAUACGAAAAUAUUAUUGUUACUUAAAAAAACUUAGUUUAAAAAACAAUCUGUCGAGGAUUGAAUCGUCCAAACCAUAAUCAUCAUCAUAAUAGGCUAGUAAUAUGUUAUUUCGUUUGGUAUAUGUUAUACCGAAUAAUUUAAUUAUUUUUUUAAUUAACCACGAAAAGUAAAAACUCGGUUUCGGCGAUUUAUUAGGUAUACAUUAAUAUAGAAUCAUCAUCACCAUUUUCUCGACAUUUUCAAGUUGGUGUACAUGUUUUUUCGAAUAUAUAUUUCAACUUCCAAUGCCCAGAUAGUUCAACCAGACAAAGUUUUAUGGUGGUUUAUCAAAAUUUCAAAUUGAUAGUUGUAACCUAUGACCUUCACGUAAUUGAGUAACACAACAGGUAAAGGUAUAAUUGUCUCUAUUUCGCAUUUCAAUCAGGAAAAAGGUCAGGUCCGCGAAGUCACUUUGUUGAAGUGGUUUCAUCACAACGAUCCGCAACGUGUGGUGGUGAAUCUGGCGAAAUUCUGAACGAAAUCUCACGCAAAUAUAUACGAAUAAGAAGAAACGUCAAAUUAACAAAAAUGCCUUAUUAUUAUAUUAUACCGUAUUAGAACGCCUAUUAAAAUGUACAAACGUCCGUGAGCUAUAUAAUACGUUCUUUGGAUUCGCUCGUUGUUGUAACAUUCCAAAGCUUUACGUUAAUUAUAUCCAGAAAAAGUAGAUGGUUUUCCACUAUUAUAAUAAUUGUUAAUUUUCUUUAUCACUAUUGUAAUCAUAUUACUAUUAUUCCUCACAUUAGAAUUAGAAUUUUGCUCAAUCGAGGUUACUCCUAUAUGUCCCUCUAUUUGCUCAUUAAUUAAUGCUUGAAACCUAACUGUGGUACUUUAAUUAAUUUACUAUAAUUUACUAUACUAUUAUUAUGACCGUACUAAUAUUAUUAUUGACUGGAUCAGGUAGUGCAGUGGUGUGGAUUUAGAUAGAAAGCUGCUUAUUUGGUGUUUAGCAUUUAGUUGCUCAUUUAUUAGCAUCCUUCCUUCAGUUCUUUCGAUCUCCCCCGCCCCAAAAUAAUUUAUAAUGACAUGUAUACCGUCAACUAUUCAACAAAUUGACUUCGCUGAACUGACCACGGAUCUUUCAAUCGUAUAUAUAUAAUAAUAGACUUGUCCGUUUCGUCCUAAGUCGCUUAUCUCGACGUGACUAUGCUCUAUUACGAUAGUCAUUAUUUGUCACUGACCAAACUCACGUUAAGGCUGCCAGUUAUAAAUAAAUUAUACUUAAACCUGCCAA